AAAUCUGACACAUGAAUUCGUAAAUAGAGGGAGCGCACGAAAUGAGAUUUUAUUUUUAUAUUUAUGAAUAAAUAAUAUGUACAUUUUUGUUUUAAAAUGUCGUCAAAUAAUUUAGUUAAUUCCGUACGGAAUUUCUUAGCGUCUAAUUUUAUGCGUGUUGAAGAUGAAUGGUUGACUGGAUGUGUUGAGUAUUUGACUGAGGAUGGCAGCAACAAUUACAGCGAGUCGGAUAUACAGAAUCUGGCUAAAGAGCAAUGGCUUCUGAACGAUCUAAAAGAAAUAUGCCCGGGGUCUUUACCUGCUAAUUUGAAAAGUCAGCAAAAAACUGUGCUAAAUGGGAGGUUCGCAUUGCAAAUCAACGCUGCAGUGGAUAUAGGCACACCGGCAUAUCAGCAGUAUAUGAAACUCCAGAAAGUGAACACAGAAAACCUAGAAGCUACUACAAAGUUUGAAGAUAAAGUGCCAAAUCAUAGAAUGAUAAAGUUGUAUCUCACUGAUGGCGUUCAAGAAAUAUCAGCCAUAGAAUACAAACCCAUGAGGAACCUCAGUUGUGACAUCACUCCAGGAUGUAAAGCUCUCAUUAAAGGUCCGAUAGAAUGCCGGCGCGGCGUGCUGUUGCUCACGGAGAGCUCGAUAGAGCUGCUCGGAGGAGAAGUCCAGGAAAUCGCCGUCUCCAACUCUUUGGCCGGCUUGCUGUCCAGCAAACUUGGCGUGCCUAUGACUCAAGGCACCGCAGCAGACCUGAACACAACGAUCCAUCGAAACGACAUACCCAUGCCGCACUCCGAAAUGCCUCCAGCCCGCGACCAACGUUUCGAGCAAACAUUUGACCCACCCCGACCCGUCGCCAUAGUCACCAGCGUCCAACAAGCCAACUUUGCCGAUGAUGACAUCGACAUAGAUCAACUAGCAGCUAUAGAAGAACAAUUAACUAAUAAACGGUCAUUACCUGACGAUAGAAGCAAACCUGAGAAGAAAUUAAAAAUAGACCCUAUCAACACUGUAAAUAGGGUCGAUGAUUACCCAGACGACAACGAUUUAUUCGCCGAAGACGAAGAUUAUUUGAGAGAGUUAGAAUCUAAAUUCGAUGGUUCAGGUCCUGUCCUGAUCUCAUCUGAACCAUUUACGUAUCUAAAACAGAUAAACGAGAUGAGAGAAAUAGAGAAAGCUGGGAGAGUGUUCAGAGUGAAAGCACAGAUAAUGAAAUUGUUGUCGAAAUUGUCUGUGGGUAAAGAAGGGUGGAGUUUAAGGUGCACUAUUGUCGAUGGUACGGGGAGUUUGGAUGUGGACUUUACUAAUAAUGUGUUGUCUAAGUUGGUCGGGUACACGCCGCAGGAGAUGAAUCAGCUGAAGAAACAGAUGGCGACGAAUCCGCAGCUGAAAGAGAAAGCUGUUAUGGCUCUCCAAAAAGCCAAGGAAGCUCUACAGGUGUUGUACUGCAUUAUAGAGUUGACUAUGCUGGAAAUACCCAAAAUAACGUGCCUCAUACCAUUCGAUGGAUCACACUUGGACUUACUGAAGAAAAGGAAGACUAAUUUAUAGCAAUUAAAUGGGCAAUAAAAGCAGUGGGCUGACACUCGACCUUUCGGGCGCUCUCGGCUCAGCAUUGCUCCGAGCAAUUAUUAGGGUUGACACAAUUCUUGUUUCUUCUUCUUCUUCUUCUUCUAUAUUAACUAAAAGUUGCCCUAAAAUUCAACUUUUAUACUAAAAACGGCUUUAAGUAUGUUAAAUUAACAAAAUAUAUUUUACAGAUGCUUUCGCGCCCAAAACGCUCUUUGAAAAUUGUGUGACGUCACAGUUUACGGUUUGACACAUAACUACAUACACACGUAGAAGAUACGAACUGUCAACUGACAGUUGUCAUUUGUUCUUUAUCGCCUAACUGUCAACAGUGUCAAUCCGAGAGCUGUGACGUCAUCAGAAUCUUCAAUGACGUUUCGAGUUUGGUCACGUGACGUGUGCCAAAAGAUAUUUUAAAUUAAAAACGUAUAAAUAAUAAAAAGAAACAGAUCAAGAUAAAAACUGAAACGUGAAAACGGUUAAUCCCUCGUGUGUGUGCGUGUAUGUUUGUGUGUGUGUGUGUGUGUGUGUGUGUGUGUGUGUGUGUGUGUGUGUGCGCGCGUGCGCGCGUGCGUGCGUGCGUGUGUGUGUGUGUGUGCGUGCGUGUAUAUUCGAGCGAUAAAGAGACAGAUGAGACAGAUACGAAAUUUCGAAUUUCGCGGUAGGUCUCUGUAAACAAACCGCCUUGAUGCAUCAACGUCAUAGUGCAAACCUGUGAAAAAACUGUUUAUUUAAGGCAUAGUAUGUUUAAGUUAGUUUAUGGUUUAGAAUAUGUGAUAGUGCUGCUCUCUGCCGGCAAAACAUUGCAGUAAUUCUCCCCAUUGAGGCGUUUAGAUUUUUGUGAGCAUCUUGGCCACUCUGAUAUAUCUGAUGGCGACUACAGAAGUCCCACUGUGUAACAAAACCAAUGUUGUUGAUUUUGGAUAUGUCUUAUGACUACUUUUACUCUAUUUUUUUUUUGAAAUGUAAUUUGGACAAAAAUUAUCACCUACUUUAUUAAAAAUGAAUUCUCAAAUGAAACAA